UCUCUCUCUCUCUCUCUCUCUCUCUCUCUCUCUAUGUAGAAGUCAGAUAUUAGGACAGGAGGAGACUUAUUUAAGGAAGAAGACUACAAAAAGUUCCAAUCAGUCUCUCAUCUUACAUGUCCAAGUAUGUCUGAUUCUUCAACCACUUGGUUCAUCACCUACACGAAGCUACGAUUCUUCACUCGCAUCCGACGGUUGCUCCACCCCAAAACCUCCAACAACAAGCCAUACCAGCCCUCCGAUCAAAACAACACACCAAGACUUCAAACCAUAGCCAAAGAACCCAACCCAGAAGAGGAGGGUACUAUGGAGAGCGAAAGUGAGGAUGAUUUUGCUGUUCUUCAAACGUCUGUGAAGAAACUUCACUUUGGAAGCUGGGAAGAGAAGGAGGCGGCAGCAAGAGACAUAAAGAGACUCGCUGGUGGAGAUUUGAAGAGAAGAAAAAUCAUGGGUGGCCUCGGGGUUGUGCCACCCCUGGUGGAGAUGGUGGGUUCGGAAGUGGCACGGCGGCGGAAGGUGGCGGUUCAAGCUUUGAUUGAAUUAUCUAAUGGCACUUUCACGAACAAAGCUCUCAUGGUAGAGGCAGGAAUCUUAUCAAGAUUACCCGAAAGCAUCGAUGAUUUGGAAGAAUUGACAAGGCAUGAUUUUGCAGAACUGCUACUCUCUAUAUCUUCCCUAGUACACAGCCAAUUCCCCUUUGCCUCAUCGGAAGUUCUUCCAUUUUUAGUCUGCAUUCUUGACUCCAAUUCAAGUAUCGAUACCAAAGAGUUGUGUUUGUGCACGUUGUACAACCUCUCCACUAUGUUAGAAAAUGCAGGAACAUUAGCCACCAAUGAGGUGGUAAAAAUCCUCUUGAGGCUGUCCUCAGUGACCGAAACUUCAGAGAAAGCACUUGCAAUUUUCGGGAACUUGGCAGUGACCUUGAUAGGGAAGAAGGCAUUGGAAAACAAUACAAUGGUGCCAGAGAGUUUCAUUGAGAUUUUGACAUGGGAGGAGAAACCGAAAUGCCAAGAACUAUCGGCUUAUAUUUUGAUGGUACUAGCUCAUCACAGCUCGGUCCAGAGAGCGAAAAUGUCUAAGGCUGGAAUUGUGCCUGUUCUUCUUGAAGUGGCAUUGUUGAGUAGCCCAUUGGCUCAAAAAAGGGCACUAAAACUACUGCAGUGGUUUAAAGACGAACGACAAAUGAGGAUUGGGCCUCAUUCAGGGCCACAGACAGGAAGGAUCGCUAUUGGUUCGCCUGUAAAUCAGAAGGAUGUCAACGAAGGGGAGAAAAUGAUGAAGAAGAUUGUGAAACAAAGCCUAUACAAAAAUAUGGAGACAAUUACGCGUCGAGCCAAUGGUGCUGAGGUUUCAUCUAAGCUCAAGGCCUUGAUUAUCAGUUCAAGUUCUAAGAGCUUGCCUUAUUAGUAAAACUCAUUCUACACUUCUGAUCAAAUACAAAUACAAAUACAAAAAAAAAAAAAACUGGUGCAUAGUUUUUCUUUUAUAUUUGUAUACUUUCUCAAAAGGGUUGGGGAUGAAGGUAGUUUUCUGAUAGAGGGAAGGAUCAAGGAAUGAACUUCUCAUUUCUGGAAGUG